AAAUGUUACUCUUUACUCCCAACUGGCAAUGGACCGGCAGCCAGCCAGCCUCUUCAUUCAAAAUGGCUGACUUCUUCGGAGACGCGAGCCUGUUCGCCGAGUUUGAGAAGGACCGUGAAGCUGACGCAAGUUUCAUUCACUACGAUGAAACUACAUCGCAAUCUAGAAUUGUUUUUGAAGGUCUGGCUUCUGAAGAGGAAGAUGAAUCCGACAGUGAGUGGAUGCAGGAAAACACCGAUGCCAAAGCUGGAUCGGACGUUGAAAUGAAAAGCGAAACCAAGGAAGAUGUUGCAGAAGAGGAUUCGAAAUCAAAUGUUAAUCUUGAUAAAAACAAUGAGGAGUCUUCCUCAAAAGUGAAAGAGCCUGCAACAGAUAAGAGUAAAAAUGGUACUGCAAAUAAAUCAUCAUCUUCGAAAGAACCUGUGAAAAUGCUUGAUGAUGAUGACACAGCCUGGCUUUAUGAACAUUUGUAUAGUGAGGGAACUGAUUCGCAAGACACAAAACCAAAUGUUCAACAGUUAAUUUAUGAUCGAAACAAAUACCACAGAUACAGCAAAAUCCUGGAUUCUACAAGAUAUGUUCCUGACGAUGAGAGUCCUGCUGUCCAGCUGCUGUUCAACAACAAUGCAUUUGCCCGAAAGUACCGCCAGCAGAUUGAGCAGUUUAUUAAAGGCUUGUUGUGGACAGAAUUUCACACGAACAACCCGGAAACAGUGUCAGAAAUCACCUCAAGGCCUGGCGACCCAAGCUGCGUGGAUAUCAAUGAGAAGCUGACACCAGAUCUGCGGACAGAGAAGAUGAGACAGAAGCACACUAUUCUUGGAAAUGGCCAGUUCCACAAACAGUUCCUGAUCGACUUCUUGGGUUGGCCGUUCACCGUGAAGGAGCCUCCUCGGUGUAAUGUGAACUGGGAGAUACCUGUCUAUGGCCAAGUUUUUGAUGAAGUGUAUGCAGAUCCUUCAAGCAAACAGAAGAAACAGGAUAAAAAGAAGACGAAACCUUCGUGUUGGAACUGUGGUCAGGAGAACCACUCUGUGGCAGAAUGUAGAAUGCCCAGGAACCCGGCAAGGAUCGCUGCCAACAGGAAAGAGUUUAUGGAGAAGCAGCAGGAGAAACGCUCAGAGCCAAAGUUUACAGGGGCUGCUCGCUAUCACCUUGACCCUGAACUUGCUUCAAAGUUUGGCAAAUUCCGACCUGGCGUCAUCAGUGACAGCCUGAGAGAAGCCUUGGGCCUCAACUCUGACCAAAUGCCACAGCACAUCUACAAAAUGCGGCUCUUUGGUUAUCCCCCUGGUUGGUUAGCUGUGGCUAAACAGGUGGAAUCUGGAGUCUCAAUAUUCGACAAAAAUGGCCAAGCGACCCGCAUCACGGGGCAGUACCUGGAGGACGGAGAGCUCGACGAUGAAGGAGCAGCCGAGGAUAAGAAUGAGUAUGAUGUUAACAAGAUCAUAGAAUAUCCUGGGUUCACAGUUCCUGUACCUUUAGGCAUUGUUGAUGCUGCUUCGGCAAGGAAACGAAAACGGAGCAAGCCAGAGGAGGGGCAAACGGAUGAGGCCGGAGGGAAAAAGUCCAAAUCUGAACAGGAAGAAGGAGAAGUUGACAAUGAGAAUUCUGAGGAAAAAGAAGAAGGAGACACUCAGCCGCUCUCUCCAGAUGCGACACCCGAGAGCACCAAGACUGCCCUGAACAAGUCAUCAUCCACCAUCUCACUGAGCCGAGCCUUUGGAACUCCGAUUCUGGUACGAGAGAAGAGCAGUCUCCCUGAUGCAACCAAAUUUGGAGUUGGAAUCGAGGACCAUAUAAACUUUGAGAACCUUCCGGAUUCCACCGGCACGUUUGAGAAGAUGAGGAAUCUGAUUAGCAUCAUUCGAGACAAGAUCAAGAAAUAGAUAAAUCUGCAAAAUGGAUGAAGUGGCUGUGUUCUGUAGUGUUCAUAUCUUCCAUUCCCCUGCUGCGUCGUCUCUUCUCUCUCUAGGAAUGCAUCCAGAGAUGUUGCCAUCAGGUGUAUGUUGUUAGGUUUGUUUUAUCAAUUGUGAAGCGCGCUGACAAAAUGAGUACUCAUAUGAUUCAAGCCCUAUGGAAAUAGAUACGUCACGCUUAUAGGAGAAGUUUUUACAAUCUAUAAGUAGGAAAUUAUGAUAGGCAUGUUAUACUUUAAGAAUAUUGCAUCAAUAGAAAAUCUACAAAUUUGACCUCAGUGUCGAUUUUUGGCCAAUGUCUCCAUUUGUGGAUCGCGAGAAGCAACUCAUUUUGUCAGCACGCCUCACAUUUGGUCAUUUGUAGGAGUAAAAGCAGAGGUGCCGAAUUUCAGGAUAAAUCUGGAAAUCCGGAUUUCUAACAAAUUUUCCCGAUUUGUGCUGUACUGAAAUCUUGGUGCAAGAUGUAUUAGAAAAGAAUGUUCUGUAAAUUUGGAGUCAUUGCACAUGCGUUUUUUUGAGGUCCGAAAAGCUCAGGCUUUUUUUUUUCAUAGCGUUUUGGCACAUUUGAUUGGAAUGUUUUUCUUCCCUCUGAAAUUGUGUUGGGUUUUUUGUUUGUUUGUGUUUUGUUUGUUUUUUCAAAUGUGAGAUUACUGAUUUGCUGAACUGUACAUGAUUUUGUACUGUUUGUGAACAGGUGUAUUUUUUAUCCAGUAACAAUGAAUAAUGUAAUAAAUGCAAUUGUUCCAACAUCCUGUCAAUGAAAGUGUGUUGUGAGAAUUUUAAGAUUUGCUCAUUGUGAACAGAAUGCUUGAAUCCAGAAACCUCAUCGAUGACCAAGUGUGUGGAACAUGCUACACGUGCUGCAAAUUGCCUCCGUAUGAAAAACUAUUGGUGGGCAACUUGCGUGUAUGUGUGAGAGUCGUCCUUGCCAAAUUUGAUCACGUAUUUUAUUCUUUUAGAAGGGGGGGUUCGUUCUUUUUGUUUUACUGGUCUCAGAAAAGGGUAGGAUGAACUAGUUGUUGUGCACUGGAUUAUUUUAUUGGAAUAAUUUAAGUUGUUUCCCUUUGUCAUGCAAGUUAAUCGUGUAAACAGAGGAAUGGAGUGUGUCGCUAAUUUUGUUUGGAAGCGAAA